AUGAGAACAGCAUUCGUCUUCUUUGCUUUUGUUGCCGGCCUUGCUGCUGCUGCCCCCGUUUCCGACUCGACCGACAACCAGAAUAUGGGCUGGGGCAUUUAUGCCAAGGGUCGGAGCUCCGACUCUACCGAUGACCAAAAGAUGGGAUGGGGCAUUUAUGCCAAAGGCACUGACUCUGCUGAGAACCAGAACAUGGGGUGGGGUAUCUACGCCAAGGGUGAGAGAAAAUAG